CGGUUGAUUAAUAGUUUUAAAAAAUUAGGCUAUGUUUUUUUUAGCUCCCAUAUUGUAUAUCACUGGUCUGUGGGACAACUUGGCUAUUUUGCCACAAGGUGCCUGAUUUUUUAAUGCACUUUCACAAUGAUGAUUUAUGAAAGGAAAUAUGUUUAAUUAAUCUUUCAAACAUUAAUGAUGAAAGUAUAUUGAAUGUCACAUAGUUAUUUGAAACAUAAAAUGCUACAUCAUUACUAAUGGACCUAUUGUACUAUGUGUGUUUUCAAUUAAAGAGUAAGAAUAAGAGCCAAAAUCAAUUAGUUAAUAUUGAUUACAACAAAAUCCUAUUUCAUUAUUUCUGUUAAUUGCAAUACACACACUCCUUAGUUUUGAUCAAAGUAUAUUUCUUAAGCUCUGUCUACACUAUCAAAUUUUGUGACAAAAAAGUGUGAUAUGGGCAUGAUGACAUCACACCAUGACCAUAUAUAGGCAUAGCAUUACUAUAUAUGGGUGUGUCACAUUUUUUUGUCAAAGUAAAUUUGAUAGUGUGGAUAGAGCUUUAAGGAGAGUGUGAACACUAAUUUGAACAAAUUUGUUGUUUCUCCUGAUUCUCCUAAUUUGUAUUUUGCUUUGAAAUGAACCAUAACAUCAGGGCUACAUGUUCACAUAAUUCCAAGACAGGGGUUAAAAUGAACCAUAACAUCGGGGUAACCCCUACUUUUCCGAAAGAUGCAAUGGGUUCUUUAAAAUAUACACUGGACCUUGGUUCUAUCAACCAAACCAUGGGCCACGAGCAACUGGAACCAGCGCCGAUGUUAAGGCCGUAGCUAGCGGUGCCCCUGCCUUAAGGCUCGGCCACUUGUCUGGAAGACUUUGUCACUGAUGCAGAGGGAAAGCUCAGUUUUUCCCCCAACAGGUGGUACAUCGUUCCCUGACAAAUGGGCACAACCACCUCAGCCCCACCCUUACACCUCUUCAAAAAUUAAAAUUCGUUAAAGGGAACACCCCUAACUCGCCUCUUAAGACCAUAAGUCCCACCUAUUUUUGACUGCCACCCACACCCACCUUCCCUUUCUUUUUCUUGUCAAAAAAUGUAUGAAAUCGUAAAAAUCAAACCAUCCAUAUGCAUAGUUAAGUCCAAACUUAUAUCCCUUUUAUAUGAAAAUUAGCAAUUUCAGCAUUUUAUCUUCUGAUAUUUUUAAGUUACAUUUUAAUUGGUGUUUGUUUGUUUGUUUCUGAGUGCAAUAUGUUUUUUUUUUAAAUUAUUAUUCCCUAUUUUUCACCGUUGUCCUUGCAAUUGUUUGGAUUUUAACUUUGGAAUUUUAUUUUCAUUCUUGCAAUUGUAAUUAUUUUAACUAUGGAACAUUUUAAAUUUUUUCAUUUUUUAUUUCAUUGUAGUUAGGAUUUUUAAAUCGGUAUUUAAUUUGUUUGAAAUUCAGCAUUGCUAUUAUUAGAGCCACCCUCUGAAAAUAUUAUUGAAUAGUAAAUAAAUACAUUUUUUGAGUUAUUAUUCUUGUAGUCACCCUGGCAUUCCUUCAGGCAAUCCUUUGUUCUAAAUUUAUUUUACAAAGGUAAAUGGGCUAGUGUAUGUAGGUGAGUUCAUGCAUUUUAUAUUAUGUAUUGAAUGUCACAUAUUAACUCUGGAUAAGAUAAGAUACACUUUAUUGGUCUAUUCACAUAUAAAAAUACUUAAACAGAAAGGUUCCUUGAAUCUGGCAUAAACAAUUAGAAAAUACAUUAACACCAAACCGAUCAAAAAAUAUUACACCAAACAAACAUCAAAUUACAAAAUGUAAAAAGAUAAAAUGUUUAAAUAUACACAUUAGGGCUAUAAUUAAAAUUAGUGAAAUUAAAAGUAGAUAAACAAAAUUUUUGCGCUACUAUGCAUUACAUUAUCUAAAUGUUAUAUAUUAAUUAAAAUUAUAAUUAUUAUUAUAAGAAAUUACAUUUACUGGUUAUAUUUAUGAAUUUCAUUAUUCAGGCACUGCCAGUAUCUAGCAGAUUUCUGUAAUAAUAAUAAUACAGUAAUAUUUAUUUGGCAAAUACAGUAAACAGAAAUGAAACAACAUGCUUUGCCCGGAUAGGGAAUGGGCGAAAGCCCAUACAAGGUUUGCUCUCGAUCCUUCAUAAUGAAAUACAGUAGUACAAAAAAAAGAAAAAUAUUAAAAUAUAACUAACUCAUUCCUAAAAUUAGAAAUAACAGCAUUUUGUACUAAAUGCAGGCAAUCCUUUGUUCUAAAUUUUUAUUUAUGUAAUUAUUACAAAGGUAAUUGAACUAGUGUAUAUUAGUUCAUUAAUUAUAUACUGAAUGUCACAUAAUAACUCUAGUUAUACAUAAAAUAAAGAAUAUGAAUAUUCAUAUUCUUUAUUCAGGCACUGCCAGUGCUAAGCAUAUUUCUGAAGCAUACAGUACAAUCAAUGUUGUUUUUUUUUGUAUCUUGUAUUACUGUAAAAUCUGUACGGUUCUGAAUCAAAAUUUGCCUCAAGCAUCUCCAGUUGCGCAGUUGUUGCCGGAUUCUUCUUAAAAUGUCCUAAUGGUUAUUGACUAGGUGAGAACUAUCUUCAAUUAUCUUCCUAUUAUAUCUCCCAUAUACAUUUCAAUUAGGUCUACCAUUGCACAUCCUUACUCAUCAAUAUACACUAUUCCAUCAAUCUUCUGGCUGUUCUUAUAUUCUAUUUAACAAUGCAUUUGUUUUUAGAGUUUAUGCCAUUAUACCUGAGAUUUUAAAACCCUUUUAGGGAAUUUGUAUGGAGAGUGCCAAAUUCAUUAUGAACGUUGUGUGGGGAUGAAUUUACUAGGAAGUGGGGAUACUGUUUACCCUAUCCUACUGUAGUUCAGGCUUGAAUAUGAGUCAUAUGGUUGGGGGUGUGCGGUGCUACACUUUGUAACUUCAAUUGAUUGAUUGGUGCAUUACUAAUCACUAAGUUGUGCUUAAGAUGGUCUUAAUCACUUGCUGCUCAAUCCUGGAAAAUUGUUUUUGAAAAAUACAGCUGCACUAUCUAGUCUCUGCAACUAAAUGAGUUUAUAGAGAAUCUUUUCCAUGUAUAAGUGGCAAAUUACUCAAUAUUGCAUGAAAUAAACAAAUAUCCAUCUCUCUAGUCAUGUUUGUUACACACAAAAAUUGCAGAUAAAAUCACCGUCACCAAAUUGUAUGGUGGUGAUAAUAUUAUGGAUUCUAGUGGAAAUUUAAUAAUUUUUUUACUAUCAUUGGUCCUAAGCUAAAAACCGUUAUAUUAUCCCAAUAUUUAAAGACUGUAAGACAGAAUUGCUGGGUAAUUAUAUGACCAAUUUGUAUUCUUGUCUUAAGUGAAGUUUUGAAAAAGUAAUUUCUUAUUGCACAAAAUAAUAAUUUGUUUUUAUAAACGUUAAAAUGGUUCUACAACAAUGGUUCAUCGACGAUCACUAUCUAUAAGACCAAGAAAAGCUGUCUUCUGUUGUCAUUCUUCUGAUGACGGUCAGAGCAAUCUCACCGAAAUGGUGAGACACAACCAGUGGUUUUACCUUAAAAACUAUUUUUUUUGGACAUGGUGUACCAAAGAUUCAAUGGUUUUUUUUUAUUGAUACUCGCCAAGCAAACCUUCAAGAAAUGUUUUUAAUAUGCAACAACGUCAAAUCAAAGAAGCAAUUCAUAUUAGACGCUACACAAACCACAUGAACAGAGAUGAAGGAGCAUAUGAAUUUUCCAACAUUUAUGAUGAAAUCCUUAAAGACCAACUGCGGCGGUUGCCCCCAAAGAUCAUCUGUCAUCACCAUGACAAGAGGGCGUAAGACGGCAUCGGCCGAUGAUGUCAUAAGUUUAUACCAUCGUCACUUGACAAGGAUCACUGCCAGUGAUUGAAGUGUUGUAAGGUUUGCUAAUUUUGUUGGUAUUAAGUUUGACAAAUAUCUGUUCUGGAAAUUUCACUAUUGAUGAUGUAUGUGACAAGGUCUAGCGCAUUGAGGCUUUAUGCAUUUUGCUCUCUCUUUCUAUUUAUUUCUGUGUUCAAAAGUGAACGUCUGGCGCUGGGAAAGUUGAUUCCAGAUGCUGAUGUGGAUCAGGAGGAGUUGAGUUGGUUGAGGUGCAUGGCUUCCUGCAUGUCAUGUCACAAUAUUUCGAUUGGAAGAUGUAAGGAAAACUGUUCAGGAUCUGAACAGCAACUGUCAGUAGAUUUUAGUUCUGAGAAUGAUUCAAGCAAUGAGACACUAAGCACUAAAAAUGCUAAUGAAUGCUGUGAAACCAUGCAACUGUUUGUACCGUCCCCUUCGUCUUCACCUGAUUCAGUUAAACUGAAGUGGCAGUGCAUCAACAGAAAUGUCUCCUGUGAUGCAGCCGUCAUAUUUAUCAUUCAACAAAAAGUCAACAAGGAUGAGUUAACUGAAGAGUGGAAAACUAUUCCAGAUUUAAUUAUUGUAAAUUCAACACAACAAGUGCUUAGAAGACUGGAAGGCUGUUUUUAUUCCAUGAGAGUUGUUGCUGUCAGCCAAGAUGGGAUUCAAGGGAUAAGCAACAACGUUAACUUGACUGCCUAUCCAGUACCAGUCAAUGCCUCUGUUGUAUUGUUUGAUAAUAGAACAAACCUGGACGCUAAUGUUAGCCUGACCCCUCAUGUUGGAUGGGAGAACACGUUUAGUUAUUGGAAUUUGAAAAUUGAUCAUGAUCAGAUUUAUAAUUCAACAGACCCACAGGCUCCAAUACUACCUAAGACUUUCACCAAAGAAAGGAACCAAAGAACUGUUUGGCUUGGGAAAACAGAUCAUCUGAUUGGUCAAUCAUUUGUAUUCACUUUUGAAGCUGUCACUAAGUGCUUGCCAACAGAAACUCUAGUGAAGAUGGUCACUGUUGAAUAUGGCAAAUUCGGCCUGACACCCACAAAGAAAGUUACAGAUAAUGAUUUAUCAUUGCGACCUAAUGAAAUUGAGAUUGUUGAACAAUAUCCGAGUGAACGCUCUACAAUAUCAGUUGUUAUUCAGUGGAUUGCUUGGACUAAGAGAGAAAUAUAUAAUGCCGAGGAAGUAACAGCCUAUCAUAUACACUGGGGAAAUAUGUCUACAUCAUUCUUCCCAAUAAUAACUGCAGGCAAUGUUCAAGUACAACCGGACCAAUUCAACAUUACUCUGCCUGAAUUACUGCCAAAAACGUGGUAUGGAAUACAAGUUAUUGCAAGACGUGGAAAGACUGACAAACUUGACUACGAGAUGUACAAUUUCAAAAAAAUUUUAACAAUGGACACUCCAGUACCAUCCAUCAUGGAAGAGGUCACCCAAACGUACUUGUCACUACCACCGACAUUAGCGAUGCCUUCCUCAAGUUCAUCAACUUCAUCUAACAUCAUACAGAUUGUGAUUCCUGUCUGUUUCUUAGUUGCUCUGCUUGUUGUAGUUGUAGCCGUAUGUUGCCGUUGUUUUAUAAGGUACAGGACAGGUCAUAAAUCAUUGCUACCUGGCGAGGAAAUGGUUCUGAAUUUGUAUGAGACUUAUGCUCUGAGACAAAGCACUCAUCAACAACAAAGCCCAACAGCACCAGACAGAUGGGAAAUUCCAAGUUCAUGCAUACAAUUUCAAGACGUUCUUGGUGAAGGGGCAUUUGGACAGGUUACCAAAGCUGUUGUUGAAGGGUGCUGGUUGCGGAAUUCUCACCUCACCGGUAGUUUCAUUUCAACCAAAGGUGUCAACAAUGAACCAGUGGUUGUUGCUGUCAAGGUGUUGCAUGGUUUUGCAGAUAGUGGUGACAGACAAAACUUUCUACGAGAGAUUGAUCUGAUGAAAGCUCUUGGGCACCACCCAAAUGUUGUAAGUCUGCUGGCAUGCUGUACGCUAGAACAGCCGAUCUGCCUAGUGGUGGAACAUUGUGAGCAUGGCGAUCUCCUGAAUUAUAUACGAAUUCACAGAAAUAGGGAGAUGCAAACAGAAGAUACAACAAAUACCUUAAGUCCUCUUACUCCAAAGGAUCUUCUAUCUUUUGCAAGACAAAUUGCACUUGGAAUGGAGUAUCUAUCACAAAAGGGGUUUGUCCACCGCGAUCUGGCUGCAAGGAAUGUUUUGGUUGCUGACAAUAAAAUCGCCAAGAUUGGAGAUUUUGGUUUAACUCGCUAUGUGUACAAUGACAAAAUAUAUCUGAAUAGGAAAGGUGGGAAGUUACCAAUCAAGUGGAUGUCAAUUGAAGCCAUCUUUGACCACGUUUUCACAAGUAAAUCUGACAUAUGGUCAUAUGGAGUAUUGUUGUCUGAGAUUGCCACGAUGGGUUGUUCACCAUAUCCAGCAAUUCACAACAGGGAGCUGUUGAAACUAUUGCAGCAGGGAUACCGCAUGGAGAGACCAGAAAACUGCUCGCAGGAACUUUACAGCAUUAUGCUGUCCUGUUGGAAUGACAGACCAGAGGAUCGUCCCACUUUCACCGACAUCCGAUACCAUUUGGAAGACAUGUUGGAGCAAGGCACAACAUACUUGGAUAUCAGCGUCGAUCCGUACCGUGACUGCUUCUGCCAUUCAACCAGUACAUCAUCAACUGACAGUACGUUAGGUCUGGAGCCUGUCCACAACACAGAGCAAACAGCAUUCAUAAAGCCAAUAGUGCCAAAAGAGAAAGAGCUUCUGGAAAGCAAACUGCAGUGUUUGAGUAAAGAGAGUAGUGAUUUAAGCUUUUCAAAAAACUGUAGUGCAGAUUCUGGAGUAGUGGUUUCUGAUGAUUGCUUUAAUAGAUUUUCAUUGAUGAAUAAAACUACAAAUCACUUAUUUGUAUGAGAACAUUUUGUUUAUAUUUAAAAUAUCUAUAUCAUCAACAAACAACUGUACAUAUUUGUAAAUGUUCUUGUAUAGUAAUUAGAGUACACGAUAUCAACAUACUGCACAUCAUGAUCCGACCAGGGCAAGAGCAUCCGUCAGUCGACCUUCUGAAUUCGUAACUACUCAUCGGUAGAGUUUAUUUGAACAGUUCUUUAUGUAUAGAAAUCUAACUCAAUACCCAUCUCAGUUCCUGAGACUACAGGAUUUUUCUCAUUACUAACAACAACCUCACUCCGCAUCGCUAAGCCUGAUUAUGAAACUUAUAAGGCAUAACUGGGUUAUUUGGGAGAACUGUGGAUUUUCUACAGACAGGUCAACCAGUAUAAAGAACAUAAAUUUAUUUUUUUAAACUAACUCUGUUUUCUAUAAAUUAUUUUCUAUUUUCCAUUCUGACGCUUAUCAUUAUUUCAUGGUUAUUUCUAUGGUUAUUAUCAUUAUAAUAACUGUUACCACAGGCUCAAAUAUAUCAUCGUAAUUAUUAUUGUUGUCUCUUUGUCAAAUACCUUAUGCGCUAAUUAUGUUAAUAUAUGAAGUAAAAUACUCUCUUAUAAUAUAAGAUGAAGUAAGCCACAGUAGGAUACUAUAACUGAAUAAUAAUUAUUAUUAUUAUCUGUGUAUUAUGUCCAGCUCAUUGUUUUGGCAUUGGUACAUGUCAUGUGUAAAUGCAAUGUUUAAUAUGUAUUUUAAAUGUGAAAACGAAAAAUAAAUAAUUAUAUAUAUAUGAUAUUUUAUGAUUAUUGUGUUAAUGAAAUCUACAAUGUUGCAUGUUGCUUGUGUCCCAGGCAAGAUACUUAUCUACGCUUGUCUCUCUCUAAAGGGGUACCGGCAUAUGCUGGGAAGGUACAACCAGGGAACAGUGAAAUUACUGUAUUACUGUAAUUUCACUGUUCCCUGGUACAACAGACAGCUGUUCUGGAGGAGUGGCAUUCUUUGCUGCCUCUACCCCUCCUCUCCAUUAUCCAUCCUCUUAUAGUUUUCCUCGGUUAAAUAUAACUGGUGGUGAUGAGAAUGUUUCUUAUGUUGAGGGUGAGUGGGAGAAGGAUCAUGUUCUAUAGACUACUAACGAGAACUCAUUGUAAGCGUCCUAUGUUACCAUUUUACUUUUUUCUCUAAUAUAAUUAUGUCAUCUAUUUUUUUAAUUUUUUACAUGUUUCUGAUGGUUGUAAUCAAGAAAAUUGGAAUCGAGCAAAUGGAUAAUUUCAACUAUGGUACCAUUCUUAGCUCCAUUAAAAAACAUAUAUAUAA